AUGAGACGUUGGAAAACCUGGGAAAGUAUAGCCGUUGAAGAUUAUUUCGACGAUAUUACGCAGCCAAAUCGCUGGAAUUCUCUCGAAAAGCUGGACAAAAUUCACAUGACAAGUAAUGGUAUCAUUCCUGACGGAUCCAAAGUUUCACAAUUAUCGCCGAAGAAUGGAAAUGCUUUAAACGAUCCUUCCCUAUUGUGUACAGUGUGCAAACAACUUUUCCGUCGGCCGAAAUUUCUGCGAUGUCUUCAUAGCUUUUGUAAAAGUUGCAUUGAGAGUCUGGUUUGUAAUGAAUAUGGUAAAGAAGGACUUGUUGUUUGCCCUUUAUGUUCUUUACCGAGCGAAUUGGGUAGUAAAGGAAUUGACGCGUUGCCAGUAAAUUUCCUCAUCGGCGCAACACUCAAAAAAAGAAAUUUUGUCGUGGAAGAGAAAAAAGCGCCGGUCAGGUGCGGAAAUUGCGAAGACAACGCUGAAGUUACAGGACAGUGUAGCGAUUGCUCGGAAUUCCUAUGUGACAGGUGCACGGCUGCUCAUAGACGGGUACGUGUUACAAGAGAACAUCAAAUUAUCUCGCUAAAUGAGCUGGCAACCGAGGACGAAGAAAACAAUAAUUCACAGUGCAGCGCUGAUAGCUGCUCGGACCAUGGCCGCGAAGAGCUCACGUAUUUUUGCCAGACAUGUGAAAAGCUGAUCUGUAGAGAGUGCACUAUUGUGAAUCACCCCAAAACAACACAUACGUUUGAACCGCUGAGGGAGGCUUCGAGCAAACACAGACAAGAAAUAUCCGAGCUUCUCGGUACGAUAAAAAUGAGGAGUCCUUUUGUGAAAAGGGCUUUGUUGGAGAUCGAAGAAGCGUGCGGGGAUAUUCCACAGCACGCCCUUGCGAUUGAGGAGCAAAUCAAGAGCUCGACAACGCGCUAUAUCAGGGCUUUAAAGGAACGAGAGGCGCGGCUGUUGGACGAUUUGGGCGCCAUGAGAGAAUACAAAGUUACAUUGCUAGAGCAACAAAAGGAGCGGUUGUACAAAGGAAUUGGAGAUAUUGAAAGCAAUUGUGGACUCAUCGAGAUGAUGUUACGAGAAGGAAGUGCUGCUGAAGUAACAAGGGUAAAAGAUUUUAUGACGGGGCGAUUGCAAAGCUUAAUGAAUCUGAUUCAGGACAUGUCACCAACCGAAGGACCUGAAUUAGACUACGUCACUGAAGAAGACCUGCUAUUCGACGUCAUAAAUAGAGGUGGAAAACUUGAAAGCAGCACCAUGCUUCCUGCGGUUCGACUCAUUGGAGAGGGAUUGUAUAACGCUGCAGUUGGAAAAACCUCAAGUUUUGCUUUAGCCGUGCGAGAAGGCGCGGAGAUGGCUAAACAUGACAUAGACGUUCGCAUCGAAACUCCCGACUUGAUUAUCCUCACCUGCAACAUAACAGAGAACAGUUCACGCCUUUACACAAUCAGUUAUAAGCCAAGAAUUCAUGGAGAACAUGUAAUCACGGUUUUAACACGUGGAGAGCAUGCGGAAGAGAGUCCUUACACGGUGGACGUGAAGAAAGGUCACAUGUGCUUCGCCACAAAGUCUCCUCCCGUUUGUUUACGGUUUGGUUACAAGGGAAAAGGGAGAGGCGAGCUGACUGGUCCGAGUGAUGUAGCUGCGGCUUGCAAUGGUAUCAUAGCUGUGGCAGACACGCUGAAUGAUAGAAUUCAACUGUUUACCAGCAAGGGAGGAUUUCUACGACAGUUUGGAAGUUCGGGGGAAGAUGUCGGCAAGUUUAAAUCCCCAACCGGCCUGUGCUUUUCUCAAGCUGGACAAAUAGUCGUCGCUGACCAACAGAAUAACCGUAUCCAAGUGUUUAGUAUGGAUGGGGUCCUGUCCAAAGUAAUAUCAUGCAAAGGACGGAGUGCGGGGGAUUUAAAAAAUCCCACGGGUGUAGCUGUGGAUGAGGAGGGCCAGCUACUAGUCACAGACCAACAGAACCACAGAAUUGUUGUCUUCGACAACAAUGGAGUCUACUGCAAUCAGUUUGGGUCCUUAGGAACAAAAGACGGAGAAUUCAACAACCCUUCCUACAUCACUGUUUCGCAAGACGGAGAAAUUUUCGUCACAGAUACUUCGAACCAUCGAGUACAAAUUUUCGAUCCGAUGGGAAAAUUUCAACGGAGGUUUGGAAGACCUGGCACCGGAGAUGGAGAGUUCCACUAUCCGACGGGAAUAACAGUCGAUUCAUCCGGGUACAUCUUUGUCUCUGAUCGCACCAAUCGCGUGCAAGUGUUUAACUCGCACUUGCGUUUCGUCACAAAGUUUGGCGGGAAAAUCAGUGGUGAUGGGCAAUUGAAUGGGCCGCUAGGACUUGAUUACACUCCUGAAGGCCGGGUCGCUGUUACCGAUGCCGGUAAUAACUCUGUUAAGGUUUUCUACUUUCCCAACGAGUAA